AUGGCCUUCAAGUUCGUUACAAUUUUAGCUCUCUUCGCAGCUGCCGCUAAUGCCGGUAUUAUUCCCGUUCAACAAAAUGUCCAAUACGAACACCCUGGCUAUCAUCAACAGGUUCCCAGUCAACAAUUGGUAAUACCUGAACAUGGUGUCAACAGCCAUGAACAAUAUCCCGAUGAUCCUCAUCCAAAAUAUAAUUUCGCCUACGAAGUUCAAGAUGCCGUAUCGGGUGAUUCGAAGAGUCAAACUGAGACUCGAGAUGGUGAUGUUGUUCGCGGUGAAUAUUCGGUAAUUGAUGCUGAUGGUUUCAAACGUACCGUAAAAUAUACCGCCGAUGAUGUAAAUGGUUUCAAUGCUGUUGUAACACGUGAACCCAUUAGUGGACAUGUAGAAACACAUGUUGCUCAGCCCGCACCCUCAUAUGAAGUUCAUUCUGCUUCAGCUCAAUAUCAACAAGCUCCAUCAACUUCAUAUUUAGCUCCAGCUUUGCGUAAAACUCAAGUUCAUUAUACUCAACAACAACAACAACAAAACUAUGAAACUCCCAUUAAUCAUCAUGCUCAUCCAGAACAAUUGCAAGAACAACAACACCACCAGCAGCAGCAACAUCACCAUCAAUAUGCCACCUAUGAAAGUGAACAACAUGAUGGUUAUUAA